UAGUUGGCAAUCGAUUAAAGCAUUGAAUGAUUAAAUAAUUUGAAGCAUUGCUUACAUUUGAUUCAUAUAUUAUAUGAUAUAUUGUUUUGAAUGACAUUUGAAGACUAAUAAUGAAUAACUCAUUUGAGUCGAUAUCCAUUCUCGAGAAGAAAUUAUCACAACUGGAGGAUAGAUAUCAACAGUUAGUGACAAACGAGUCAUCACAUACUCAAUCCAAAGACAUGGACUCAAUCCCCGAAUUGGCAGAACUAAGGACUGAAAACACGAAACUAAAGUAUAGGAUAACUAUUCUAAAGAAAUGUAUUUCUCAUGAAAAACAAUUGCAAACAAACGUUGACUGUAAUAAACAAUUGAAUUCAAGUGCACCACAAUCUGCUGUCAUCGCAAGCAUGUCUCAAACAGAUGCCAUGAAUAGUGUAUUGCAAUCAAUUAAAGAGCUGUUUCGAGUGGCCAUUCAAACAGCUUUUCCGAAACUAACUAAUCCGCCACUUUUGGUCACUCGUUCAGAUCACGCCGAUUAUCAGUGUAACAGUGCCUUACAGUUAAGCAAAUAUAUUGACGACAAAAAGAUGAAUCCCCGAGAUGUGGCCAAUGCGUUGAUAACACAUUUGCCGUCUAAUCCAAUUAUCGGUAACUUAAUGGUUGCCGGACCCGGAUUUAUCAACAUUACUCUUAACAAAGAGUUUGUUUCAAAAUCCAUUCUUAAUAUUGUUAUCAAAAAAGUUAAAGUUAGGCCUUUAGAAUGCAAUCCAAAUGAGAAUCGAGUUGUUGUUGAUUAUUCUUCACCUAAUAUCGCCAAAGAGAUGCACGUCGGACAUCUUCGGUCUACAAUUAUCGGCGAUGCCGUGUCUAGAGUUCUCGAGUUUAUCGGUAAAGAUGUGCUCCGAAUCAAUCACGUCGGCGAUUGGGGCACUCAGUUUGGUAUGCUUUUAGCACAUCUUAUUGAAAAAUAUCCCGACUAUAAAUCAAGUCCGCCACCGAUUGCCGAUUUGCAAGCUUUUUAUAAGGAAGCGAAGAAACGUUUCGAUGAAGAUCCAGAAUUCAAAGCACGAGCUUAUAACACAACAGUUAGGUUACAGUCAAAAGAAGCUGAAAUGAUAACUGCGUGGACACAGAUUUGCGAAAUAUCGCGUAAAGAGUUUCGAGAAAUUUACAAAAUACUUGAUGUCAGUCCUCAUCUUCAAGAGAGAGGAGAAUCAUACUAUCACGAGAUGAUGAUUGAUGUCGUCAAAGAAUUGGAUCAAAAGGGAUUACUAAAGGAAGAAGAAGGCAGUAAAGUAAUGUUUUCUACUGAUCCAUCGGCACCUCCUUUAAGAAUAGUUAAAUCUGAUGGAGGAUUCACUUAUGAUACAUCAGAUAUGGCAACUCUUAGGCAAAGAAUUUUUGACGAGAAAGCCUCGCGAAUUAUAUAUUGUGUUGACGCCGGACAGAGUCAACACUUUCAAUUGAUAUUCAAUUGUGCGGCAAUUGCCGACUAUUUUGAUCCAAAUAAAAUCAGAUGCGAUCACUUGUCCUUUGGUGUCGUUCUUGGUGAAGAUAAGAAAAAGUUUAAAACCCGAUCGGGUGAUACCGUGAGACUAAAGGAUUUAAUAGAUGAAGGACUAGAAAGAGCUUUAAAUAAACUUAAAGAAAAAGAAAGGCAUAAAGUUUUAACUCCACAAGAGUUAAAGGCAGCUCAAGAAGCGAUAGCCAUUGGAUGCAUUAAAUACGCUGAUUUAAGUCACGACCGAAAUCAUGAGUAUGUGUUUAGCUUUGACCGAAUGCUCGACGAUAGGGGCAAUACAGCCGUCUAUUUGUUAUAUGCAUUAACAAGAAUCCGAUCCAUUAUAAGAAAUGCAAAUCUCAAUGAAAGCAUUCAAGAGUUGGCCCAAAAAGAGACGACUUUGAAUUUAGACCAUCAGAGAGAAUAUAAAUUAGCAAAAUUCAUACUUAGAUUCGCUGAAGUGAUUCUUCAAAUCUCGGAUGACCUCUAUUUGCAUACUCUUUGCAAUUAUUUAUUUGAAUUAUCGGUCGUCUUCAGUGAGUUUUAUGAUCAGUGCUAUUGCAUUGAGAAGACAGUGGAAGAUGGCGUUGAAAAAACUAGAGUUAAUAUAAACCGUAUUAUCCUUUGCGAGGCCACCGCACGAGUCAUCGAAACAGGUCUUUCAUUACUCGGAAUUAAAUCAGUCGACAAAAUGUACAUAAUUGAUGGACACAGACAUUGUUGGUACACAAGACUCGUGCGGAAACAAGACAUCAGAAUUAAGAUCCAAAUGAUGUCUACAUUUGGUUUGCGUUCAAUAUCUUCAUUCAGACCAUUAAUUAAUAGGACAUCAAAUUUACUGUUAAGAAGGCAUAUAUUAAGUCAAUGCAAACGUCUUAAGAGUGGUUCCCACACGUGUCAGCUUAACGGCGACCAAAUCAGUCAAACAUUAUUAUCACAUCCUCUAACAGGUUUUCCGAAGACGACAUUUGCCACAAUCACUAAUGAAGACAAUGAGACGAAAGUGACGACAUUGGGAAACGGCUUUCGCGUGGCCUCACAGAAUAAAUUCGGUCAGUUCUGUACCGUCGGUAUAGUCAUAGAUUCAGGUUCUCGUUAUGAGGUCUCGCAUAUGUCAGGUAUUUCCCAUUUCUUGGAGAAAUUAGCCUUCAAUUCAACGGCUGAUCUUAAAAAUAAAGAUCAAGUUAUGAGAAAUUUAGAAAAAUUUGGCGGUAUUUGCGACUGUCAAUCAUCCAGAGAUACACUGAUCUACGCCACGUCUAUUGACUCGCGAGGACUUGAAUUUGUUAUUCAUUUGUUGUCUGAAGUUGUCUUAAGACCUCAAAUUACUGACGAAGAGAUUGCAUUAGCAAAACAAAUGAUUGAAUUUGAAUUAGAGGACUUGGAUAUGAAGCCCGAUCCCGAACCUAUACUUUUUGAACUCAUUCAUUCUGCCGCAUACAGAGGCAAUACAUUAGGAUUACCAAAAUUUUGUAACAAAGAGUCGCUACCACUCAUUGAUCGAAAAGUUUUAUUUGAUUACAUUAAGACAUAUCACAUACCAUCUCGAAUGGUGUUAGCAGGUGUUGGCAUUGAACAUGAAAAACUGGUCGAAUUGGCCGAAAAGUAUUUUGUUGACAUUAAGCCUAUUUGGACACAAGACUCAACUCUUGUAUCUAAUAAGAUCUAUAAUAUUGAUGAAUCUAUUUCUCAAUAUACGGGUGGACUCGUUUCAGUUGAGAAGGAUUUAUCAAAUGUUAGUUUAGGUCCGACACCGAUACCAGAAUUGGUUCACUUUGUAUUAGGUUUUGAAAGUUUUAGUCAUCAGGACGAAGAAGAUUUUAUACCAGUUUGUGUACUUAAUAUGCUUAUGGGUGGCGGCGGGUCAUUCUCAGCGGGCGGUCCGGGCAAAGGCAUGUACACUCGUUUGUAUACAAAUGUCUUAAAUAAACACCAUUGGAUGUAUUCGGCCACCGCUUAUAAUCACGCCUACAACGAUUCGGGACUUUUUUGCAUCCAUGCGUCAGCCAAUCCACAGCAACUUCGGGAAAUGAUAAAUGUGAUUAUCGGUGAAACCAUUAAUAUGACCCGAGGCACGAAUCCCGUGGAACUCGAUAGAGCCAAAUCUCAAAUCAAAGCCAUGCUUUUAAUGAAUCUGGAAAUGAGACCCGUUAUGUUUGAAGACAUUGCACGCCAAGUGUUAGCCGCCGGCAAUCGAAAGACUGCCCAAUAUUUUAUCGAUCAAAUCGAUAGAAUUACUGAUGAAGACAUCAGAAGAGUUGCAACAAAGAUGUUACGAAGUCGAGUAUCAGUUGCCGCCUUAGGUAAUGUUAAACAAUUGCCAUCACUUGAAGACAUCGAGACUGCACUCAAUAGUAAAGACGGACGAAUACCUCAGAGGUUUACUCUUUUUAGUAUGUCUUCGUUCAGCAAAAUUAAAAGUCUAUUUGUUUAG